AUGGGAGCCGAAAGUGCAAAGAAUUUGCAUCUGCGAGAUGAAGUCGACUUCAAGAAAAUCCAUAUUUAUUACAUGGAGGGCAUCCACAGCGCCAAAAUGGAAACAUUGAGUUCAGAAAUGAGAGAGGCUUUACUUGAGGUCGUGUCGUAUUUCGAAAAGAAGUUUGACUUGGAAGCGAUUCGAAUUGAUUUACCGAUUGCUACAAUGGCCAUUGAAAUGAUAGCCACCAGUAUAAAAGUUGAGGGUCCAACACUGGCCCAAGCGCUCUUGAGCCUUCAUGGAGACAAGGGAAGUUUGAACUGGAUGACGGAGUUGCCUAAGUUGCUUAUUGGGAAUUCCGUUCAUACUCCAGGAGCUAUCUUGAUGACAGCUUUCGAAAGUAUGGACAACAAGACUGAGCAGGAAAGAACGGAGCUUCAAAUCAUUUCACAAGCGGUAUUGAAAUUGUUAUUUAGAUGGCCCAGAACAGCUCCGUACCAUAAUCAACCCGUCUUUGCUCCAUUCGAUUUGGCAUAUACGGGUCUCUACAAUGCUUUGGCACUUCCGGCAAUUACUUGUCCAUUGGGACUGGACAGCGAAGGGUUACCGCUAGGGGUGCAGAUAAUCGGAGCUCGCAACUCGGAUCGACUCCUUAUUGCCGCGGCACAACAGCUUUCGCAAGCGUUUGGCGGUUGGACGCCGGCUUGGUCCUCAAAAUAG